AUUUUGACGUGUACCCAACCCGGAAUCGCUGUGCUGUUUUCGGUAGGAGAGAAACACGUGGGGAAGUGGGGAUCUGAUGUGGUGGAUUUCUGGCUGAUUACGUUGCAGUGUCUGGUUCAUCACCAUGGCUGAUGGCAUGCUGAUGCUCAACAUCUCAGAACCGUCAUCUAAGUUUAAUCGCAGCUCAAAACAAAAACAACACAAAUGGACAGGGAAGAAGAGUGAAGCUGGGAAAAGGAAGGCUUCAUUCGGAAACUCUGAGGAAGUCUCUCCAAAGCAGAGGAAGUUUAACCCCGGUGGCCAGAACGUCCAGAAAAGUAAAGAAAAUGUGCAUCAGACAACAGUCCCUGCAACAAAGCCAUCAAAACCUAAACCAUCUCCAAAGAAAGUUCAGAGAGAUGGAGAAGAGCACGACAGAACUUUCGCCAAGACGUCAUCUCUCUUCAGGAAUAACCCUGAGAUCCCAGAAAUGCUCAGUCCUGCUGUAACUCAGGUGAAGGAGAAGAUGUUCACUGGUAACACAUUUGAAGAGCUGGACCUGCAUCCUCACUUGGUUGCGACACUCAAUAAAGUGUUAAAUGUGACCAGUAUGACCAGUGUGCAGAAGGAGACCAUCCCAGUGCUCAUGGCAGGAAAAGAUGCUGUGGUUCGAUCACAGACAGGAUCAGGAAAAACUCUGGCUUAUGGGAUUCCUCUGGUUCAGUCCCUACAAGCAGUUCAACCCAAGAUACAGAGAUCAGAUGGGCCGCUGGCGGUAGUGAUCGUACCUACGAGAGAGCUGGCCCAGCAGAGCUUCCAGAUUUUUCAGAAACUUCUAAAGCCCUUCACCUGGAUAGUACCUGGUGUGCUGAUGGGAGGCGAGAAGAGGAAAGCAGAGAAAGCCAGACUGAGGAAGGGAAUAAACAUCCUGAUCUCAACGCCGGGCCGGCUGGUGGACCACAUCAAAAACACUCUCAGUAUUGCCUUCAGUGCUGUACGCUGGCUCGUUCUGGACGAGGCAGACAGGACUUUGGACUUGGGCUUUGAGAAGGAUCUGACUGUAAUACUGAAUGCGCUGAAUGCUGCAGGAACUGCCAGGCAGAACGUGCUGCUGUCUGCCACUCUUACUGAAGGACUGUCCCGAUUAGCCAGUAUAAGUAUGUCGGACCCGGUGUAUAUCCAAAUUUCAGAAGGGGAUGGGAGUUCUAAAUCAGCUAAGCCAUCUUCCACAACUUCAGAGCAGUCUCCUGAUUCUCAGGCUGACCUGCAGGCGGUAACCGACAGCUACGCCAUUCCUGAAAAACUGCAGCAGCAUGUGGUGGUGGUGCCCAGCAAACUGCGCCUUGUCUGCCUCGCUACUUUUAUACUGGCCAAGUGUAAGUUUCAGCAUGGUCAGAAGCUCAUCGUCUUCGUGUCCAGCUGUGAAGUGGUGGAGUUCCUGGUCACAAUCCUUUCCAAAGUUUUGGAAAGCGAACCCGACACCACGUCCAAACGCCAGCAGCCAAUCAACUUUCUCCGGCUUCAUGGUAACAUGCAGCAAGAGGAGCGGAUGGAGGUCUUCCAGGAGUUCUCUCAGAGUAAGGCUGGUGUCCUGCUGUGUACGGACGUGGCAGCUCGCGGGUUGGAUCUUCCCCAGGUCACGUGGAUAGUGCAGUAUAAUCCUCCAACUUCUGCUGCUGAAUAUGUGCACCGCGUGGGCCGCACGGCACGCAUUGGAGCUCAGGGCAAUGGCCUUCUUUUCCUUACACCUUCUGAGACUGCCUAUGUGGAUUCACUGGCCAAUCACAACAUCAGCCUCCACGAGAUGAAGAUGGACGACAUCUUGUCCACUCUGAUGCAGGACGAGCGGUUUAAAGGCAGGGGGAAAUGGGACAGUAAGAAAUCUGCCGCUGCUCGAGAGCAUGAGCUGCGAGUGAGAGCCACAGUUUUACAGACGGAGUUUGAGAACUAUGUUCAUGGCAGUGCAGAGACGGUGCAGGCUGCAAAGAAAGCCCUGCAGUCGUUCGUAAGAGCGUAUACAGCGUAUCCCUCUGCUCUCAAACACAUCUUCCACAUCCGCAACCUCCACCUGGGCCACGCUGCCAAGAGCUUCGGCCUGAGGGACGCGCCCCAGGGCCUGUCUGCUGCCACAGGGAACAGCAAGGAGAAAAAGAAUAAGGGCAAAGCAAAGGACAGUAAGAGACCCUCAAAGACCCUCACGCCGAAGCAACGAGUGGCUAAGCUGAUCCGCUCCGAAUACACCAGCGGCUUAGAUGGAGAGUCCAAGUCCAAAAAGAAGAGGAAAAAGAAGAAGACGAGCGCUGAAGAGACAGAAGGGAAGGAGGGGUGAAGGAGAGCAGCACUGCGCCGGCCUCAGGAACAGAGCAGAGAGCAGUGAAGAAGUGCUGAACUAAAGAGCAGGUGGACUCCUGGCCUUAAGAGUCACAGGUGUUCGAUUCUAAAGCGGACGCUUGUUUUAAUGACCUGUGCACAUUUAUUUUACAGCAUGGUGUCCCGAAUACACCUCAACUACAAACUACAAACAACACAACAUCUGACCCAACCUCAACUGUGUGCAGGAAGGCUGUGUCGGGGCUGUGUGAAACAAAAACGUCUUGAGUGUGUUUGUGUAAAGUUUUUUGCAAACAUGUAUGACUUGUCAAUGCAUGUAAUAAAAGGAAUUGUGAGGAUGGCUUUGUUUGGAUAUUGACAGAAAUAUAAAGAAAUUAAUAAUUAAAUGUGAAAGAUGUUGCUGUUUCUUAAA